AUGUUCGACAAGGGUCGUUACAAGGUCGUUACGCGUCACUGGGGCUGUGACCUCAUAUCUACUGGUUCCUCUUGCCCAUUUCUACUUCGCCCAAAUAUUCUAUCAGCUGCGCCUUCAGACCCUGUUAUGCAACUUUUACCAGAGGAGGAACAAGAACGGGAGAAUGGUGAUCUUUUGGCUUCGAUAGGGAACGUCGCCACAGACGUUGCGCGCCGAGUCCUCCGAAAGCACAAGGGAGACAUGGAAAAAGCUGCAGAUGCUAUUCUAGCAGGGGAUACUGGCGAAGAAGAGGAAGAGAUCUGGACUAAUCCAGGACGGAACACCCCAGACCCCAGCUGGAAUCCAGUGGCGGUUGCGAAAGCACCCACUCCUCGAGUGACUCCAGUUCCCUCCACUUCAGUUAUCGAUCUCACGAAGGAAGAUCACGGUGGAGAGUAUACUCGUGCAAUCCAAAUGUCGAUGGAUACUUCGCAAACUGGGGUUAGAUUUGGACCGAGCGAGCGGCCGCCCAACCCAGAUUGGCAGAUGGUUCCCUCAAAUGUUCAAGUUGCCUCUGGCGGUGCUGUGACGCAAGAGGACCAAACGCUGAAGGAUGCUAUCCAGGCGAGUCUCAACGAAUUCACGGAUGAAUCAGAUGUGUUUCCCAUCAAGGAGACGGUGCGGGAAGGAGGCCGGCCUGUUGCUUUACGGUCUGAGCUUGCGGCUCAUGCAUAUAUUGCCCUGGUGUUGCAAGCGCUGUAUUUCGUACCUCAAGUUACAGAAAAUGUCGCAAAAUUGAGAUUGCCCGAUAUUGAUGAGAACUUGCCUCUUGACCAUACUGCUCGUGUAAUAUGGAAUCUGGUCGAGCUCUUCGCAAACAUGGAUCUUGUGCAACUAUCAGCUAUCGUUGACGUGAAUGUCCUUCCGUCUUUUGCAACUCCUCCAGGGGAUGGCAACAAUGACUCACUCGCUGAGGCCUCCGCUAAGAUCGUUAGCAAUGUCGGGCAUGCGAUUGAGGACCACCUGAAGGCACAGGGCGAAGACGUAGUCCACCUCUUCAGCUUCACCUCUUGCCAAAUUGAACUCAACGGUAGAAUGCCCCGCAGAGUAUCACGCAACUAUGGACCAGGGACAGUGGUACACUUCGAGUUUGGAGGAGAUGACUCGGGACCCAACGAUCUGCUUUCCUGUCUUUCUUCUGUUCUAUCUCGAUUUAGGGAGGGUGGAUCAUCUCACGACGUCAUAAUCAAACCAUCGGAACUUGUUGGCUUCCAGCUCAAACGGUUACCUAGUCAAUCGACCGCGACACCAAAGACGACGCCUGAUGCCUUUGUCUUUCCAAAAUGGAUCUACUUGGACCAAUUCCUCUUCCAUAACCUUGAGUUGGCGAACAACAAACGAGAAAUGGAGCGUGAAAUCAAUGCGGAAAUUCGAGAGCUCACUGCGCAUAGGGAAACUCUAACUCAUUUCAAUGUCAGCAUCACGAAAUUUUCUCAGGAGAAAACCUUGCUCAUCAUCAUACAGAAAAGAGAUACGAUCAAGGAUUUGCGAUCUACCAUUCAUUAUUACGAACAUGUGGCUAAUCCCGGGGACGAUCCUGUUCGCAAGCAAACUAUUGAGCGCACGGCUGCUCAUUUGAAGGAUAUCUUGAUCAUGAUUACAAGCAAGGUAGAAGAUAUUGAUCAUAAAGUCGAUAAGCUACAAGCGGAGUGCGCAACUCUUUUCGAUUGCCCUGAGCUACAACAACACCGCUAUGAUUUACGAGCAGUUCUCAUGCAUACCGGUCUUCCUGGUAGGAAGCAAAUGUACUCAUACGUCCAAGACUCAGAUGGCGUUUGGUGGAAGACGGUCGAUUAUGAAGUCACGGAGGUGCCAGAAGAAACGGUCCUCACAGAUCCUACGGGUCUUCACCUGUCUGCAGGACCGUACCUGUUGUUGUACAGCAAGCACCUUUCGGAGGAUGAGUUGCAUGCACCGGUUGUUUGGCCGAAGAUCUUUACAGAUCCAGUCGAAGAAAACAACAAGAAAUUCCUAUCUAUCUUAUCUCCAGAAUUGGUUGGGAAAGCGAAGAUACCAACUCUUGUGACGCCGCCCCCUCCACCACCGCCACCUUUACGAAGGGCAUCAACGCUCUCGCCCCCAAGAGAGAGGACUUGGGACGGACAACCCAUUUCUCGGCAAAAGUCAAGAACGAUGGAUAUGGGGCUAGAUUGA